UAAUCAUCAUUCAACAUCAUUGAAGCAAUUGUCUACUACAUUGACUUUUAAUAUGUAUUUAUAUGGUUUCAUGGCCUGGUUUUGUUUUUUGUUUUUUUUACUCUUUUCUAUCAGAGUGGUAAGAUAUGUGGAGACAUCAUGCAGAAAUCAUUCUUGGAAUGGUCUUAUGCAAAAUUUGAGGUUGAGAGGCUGUCUCAGGUGAAUCACUUUCAGUGUCCUGCAUGCACACCCUCCAUGUCGGCUGUUGCAGUGGAUGGUAACCGCAAGCUUUACCGCUUUAAGAGCCAACCAGGACCUAAUGGAUUUUUUGAAGGUGUGUUUCUGGCCAAGGAUGCUGAGGUGACCUCCUUUGUUGACUACAUCCAUGGGGCAACACGACAUAAUCCUGGGAAAGGGAGGUGUGGUGCAGGCGAGUGGGUGGCAGCACGAGAGUCCUCUAACAAGUCUGCAAGCAAAGUAGAUGAGGAAGGUGUCGAGGUUGCUGUCUGCCGCCAUGGGAUUUUACUGAAGGGACUGAAUAUGUUCCGUGGAGAGAUAUUUGCAUAUCCCUUAUAUCUCCAGAAACAGCUUGCUUCACAGAAUGUGCAGUUCUUCUGCUCUGAUGUGGUAUGCAGAUAUUGGCCAUAUUUGCAGAGGGUCAUGGGCCACUGUCCUGAGUUAGAAGACCUGUUAAACAUGCGUCCCUUUCUCUCAAUCAUGCAUGCUAAAGCACAUUCCUGGAUGUGUGAGUUGCAAUGGGGAGGACGAAAUCAAGAGGGAGCAGGAACAACAAUAGGAGAGGAGGUUGAACAGGCCAGUGGCUGGAACAAGCGGAAGGCAGAAAACCUUGACCUGACAUCGGCCAAACGGUACAUUAAGACUGUACAAACGAUUUCUGAGGCAUCUGAGGAUCUUGAUAAGCUGACUAAAGAGCUGUCGAUACAGGAAGACACAGUCCAGCAAUGGGUGUCUGAUGUUCAGGAGUGGACUGCAGGUAUUGUGGAAAACUGUCAUUUACUAUACCUGAGCAUCAAGCAGAGAAAAUACCAGCUGUAUCGUCAGGCUGGCAGCACUGAAGCAUUGAUGGAGAGAGGACGUGAAGGGCUACUCUGUCUGCUGAGGAGGAGAUUGUCUGCAGUACAAGCUCAGCAGGGUGCCGCUCGCUCAAUUUACCAAUGCGUUUUGGGAUUGCAAGCAUUGUCUCUGGAUGAUGACUCCACUGAUGAAGAAAACUUGGGCUGUUGCUCCUCUGAUGAAGAACUUUGA